GAAGCAGGAAGUCGGCCUGCGACUUCCGGGCCGGUUCUGCCGCGGGGCUCUCGGCGCUGUGCGAUGCCGGCACCGCAGCUCCUGGUGCUCUUUGGCAGCCAGACGGGCACGGCCCAGGAUGUGGCGGAGAGGGUGGGCCGCGAGGCGCGGCGCCGGCGGCUGGGCUGCCGCGUGCAGGCGCUGGACUCGUACGCCGUGGCCAAUCUGAUCAGGGAGCCCCUGGUGGUGUUUGUUUGUGCGACUACCGGGCAAGGAGACCCUCCUGACAACAUGAAGAACUUCUGGAGGUUCAUAUUCCGGAAGAACCUGCCUUCCACUUCCCUCUGUCAGAUGGACUUUGCCGUCCUGGGCCUUGGGGACUCCUCCUAUGCCAAUCAGUGUGGGACGCCUCCACCUGAGGGAGGAUCUUCUGCCCCAAGCAUGGGUGAGCCUCGCUGUCUCCAUAGGUUCAACUUUGUGGCCAAAAAGUUACACCGCAGGCUGCUACAGCUUGGGGCCAGUGCCCUCCUGCCCAUAUGCCUGGGGGAUGACCAGCAUGAGCUGGGGCCUGAUGCCACCAUCGACCCCUGGUUGGGAGACCUGUGGGAAAAGGUGCUGGAGUUAUACCCGGUGCCCAUUGACCUCCCUGUGAUCCCCCAUGGAGUCCCCUUACCCUCCAAGUUCACCCUCCAGUUCCUUCCGGAGGCCCCCAACCCAAGCUCCAAGGAGUCAUGCCUAGCCAUCUCAGACUCUCUGGGACCCCCGUCAGAGUCCCAGCCCUUCCUGGCACCCAUGGUCACCAACCAGAGGGUCACAGGUCCCUCACACUUCCAGGAUGUUCGGCUGAUUGAGUUCGACAUCACAGACUCUGGCAUCAGCUUUGCUGCAGGAGACGUGGUCCUGAUCCAGCCCUCAAACUCGGCAGCCCAUAUCCAGCAGUUCUGCCACGUGCUGGGCCUGGACCCCAGCCAGUGCUUCGUGCUGCAGCCCCGGGAGCCAGAUGUCCCCUGCCCACCGGGACUGCCCCAGCCCUGCUCUGUGUGGCAGCUCGUAUCCCAGUACCUGGACAUAGCCAGCGUGCCUCGCCGCUCCUUCUUUGAACUCCUGGCCUGUCUCUCCCCACAUGAGCUGGAGCGGGAAAAGCUGCUGGAGCUCAGUUCUGCCCAAGGCCAGGAGGAUCUGUGCGAGUACUGCAGCCGACCUCGAAGGACCAUCCUGGAGGUACUGUGUGACUUCCCACAUACCGCGGGUGCCAUCCCCCCAGAGUACCUGUUGGACCUCAUCCCGCAGAUCCGGCCUCGAGCCUUCUCCAUCGCCUCUUCUCUGCUGGUUCAUCCCAGGAGGCUCCAGAUCCUUGUGGCUGUGGUACAGUACCGGACACGCCUCAAGGAGCCCCGCCGGGGCCUCUGUUCCUCCUGGCUGGCAUCUCUGGACCCAAAGAAAGGUGCCUCCUGCUCCCGGGAGGUGGGAGAGGGAAUGCAGCCCGGUUCCCCCAUCUUUCCUGUGCAACAGUUGGUGCUAGGUAGAUCCCUAGCAGGCUGCCCAGUCCGUCUUUGCACCCUUUAUGACACCUCUCUCAUGGCAGGACCUGUCCAGGUUCCCCUGUGGGUGCGUCCUGGGGGCCUGGCUUUCCCAGAGACCCCAGACACACCUGUGAUCAUGGUGGGGCCUGGCACUGGUGUGGCCCCCUUCCGAGCAGCUGUUCAGGAACGCGUGGCCCAGGGCCAGACUGGAAACUUCUUAUUUUUUGGCUGCCGCUGGCGGGACCAGGACUUCUACUGGGGAGAUGAGUGGCAGGAACUGGAGAAGCGGGGCUGCCUGACUCUUGUCACAGCCUUUUCCCGGGAGCAGCAGGGGCAGAAAGUAUACGUGCAACACCGACUCCGGGAGCUAGGACCGCUGGUUUGGGAGCUGCUGGACCACCGUGGCGCCUACUUCUACCUGGCUGGCAAUGCUAAGUACAUGCCAACGGAUGUCAUGGAAGCCCUGAUGUCCAUCUUCCAGGAGGAGGGUGGGCUCUCCCACCCCAACGCAGCCACCUACCUUGCCAGACUCCAGCGGACACUGCGCUUCCAGACUGAGACCUGGGCUUGAGGAACUACCUAGCAAAGGGGCCUCUUGCCCCUGUUUGUUACCUGAGCCCUGGAGUCCAUAUCAAGACCAGGGCUGGUGCUCCUAGGCUUCAGCUGGCUUAGAAGGCCCUCCUUGCACACAGCCACACCCCAGGGGGACCCAGGGCCCCACACUCUCAGCCUUGACUCCACUGGCUACCCUUCACCUGCACCAUCCCAUCCCAUUUUCCCAUCAGGUUGGUGCUCUGGCCUGGUGCAAUGCUCCAGGAAGGCCCCCACCCUGAUGGGUACCAGGAACCUAAUGAGCCCUUCCCGAAGUUUAGGGUCCUGUGAGGGCUCCCUUUCUUCAGUUUGCAGGGACCAUGCUGUCCCCAGUCACCCUGCAGCACCCACAAAACUCAGGUUAUUGUUGGAGACCAUCAAGACCCCCGACUUCCUGAGAAGCAGGAAGAGGCCAGCCCCUUCCUUUCCUGAUUCAGGAAACUUUGGCAAUAAACAUGACCGUUGGGCAGCUGC